AUAUAAUACCAUAGUUAACUGUAUUAAUGGGAACGUCAACCUAUUAACACUUCCUUUCCUUCUUCGACAAUUCAUUUCUUGCAACUUUUUCCUCUCUCUCUCUCUCUCUCUCUCUCUUGUUAAUCUCAUGAAGUGUUCAUAUGAUCAAAACUGAUGAAGAAGAGGCUGCAGGUUUUCAUGGAGAAAUCGUCGAUUGCCGUAAAGUGCCGUAGUCAACUCUGGUUUGUCCUAAUAGCUUCAUUUCUUUUUGUCUUCAUAUUGCUUUUAUCAGACUAUUCUGCUCUAAGUGCUGGACGAAAUAUACAAGGGGUCACCUAUUAUAUCACCAACUCUGCAAAUGUAAUUGUCAACCAAGACCAUUCUAGCUCUCCUCCUCAUCAAGAUCAUACAACUCCAACAUCAUCAUCACCCAAUGAAAGCAAGAGUUGGCUGACCCUUGAUGUCACAAAUUCAACUACUACGGCAAAUAAUAAUACUGUCAAGUCUGUUGUGAUCAAUAAUCCACCAGUACAACCUAUGUCUAGUGGGAUUGGGAAGAAUAUCUCUGAUUCUGCUUCUGAUUCGUGUUCGGGUCGAUAUAUUUAUGUUCAUAAUCUUCCUAAGAGGUUCAACCAGGACUUGCUCAAAAAUUGCCAUUCACUUCAGAGAUGGACUGAUAUGUGCCCCUACAUAUCAAACAUGGGACUUGGUCCUAGAAUUAAGAAUUCUAAAAAGCAGCUAGUUGGAAAUGGUUGGUUUGCUACAAACCAGUUUUUAUUGGAAGUUAUUUUUCACAACAGGAUGAAGCAGUACAAGUGUUUAACCAAUGAUUCAUCAUUGGCCUCUGCUGUCUUUGUACCCUUUUACCCUGGCCUUGAUGUGGGACGAUACCUCUGGGACUAUAACAUAUCAAUGAGAGAUGCUUCUCCUCUAGAAUUUGUGAAGUGGCUUUCGCAUAGGCCGGAAUGGAAAAAAAUGUGGGGAAGAGACCAUUUCUUAGUUGGAGGAAGGAUUGCUUGGGAUUUCAGGAGGCAAACAGACAAGGACUCUGCUUGGGGUUCCAAGCUUAUGUUCUUACCUGAAGCCAAGAACAUGACAUUGUUGUCGAUCGAAUCCAGCUGCUGGAACAAUGAGCAGGCAAUACCAUACCCAACAUACUUCCAUCCCUCCAAGGACAGUGAGGUGUUUGAGUGGCAGAGAAGAAUGAGAAAGAGGAAAAGGCGGCACCUCUUCUCCUUUGCUGGUGCUGCAAGACCUGAUUCGAAAGAUGGUAUCAGGGACAUGAUUAUAAACCAAUGUCAAUCUUCAACCUCUUGCAAACUUGUAGGCUGCCACGGUGGUGCAAACAAGUGUGAUGACCCCCUAAAUGUGAUGAAGGCAUUUGAAGCAUCAGUUUUUUGCUUGCAGCCUUCGGGGGACUCAUACACGCGGCGAUCAACGUUUGAUUCCAUCUUGGCAGGCUGCAUUCCAGUUUUCUUCCAUCCCGGUUCGGCUUAUGUGCAGUACUUGUGGCAUUUCCCCAACACCCCAUCCAAAUACUCUGUGUUCAUAUCAGAAAAAGAUAUCAGGGACCAAAAGGUGAUGAUCAAUGAGACAUUGCAUAGAAUUCCCAAGCGUCAAGUAUCAGCAAUGAGAGAGGAGGUUAUAAGGUUGAUCCCAAGGGUAUUAUAUGCAGAUCCAAGAGCACCAAGAUUGGAGACAGUUGAAGAUGCAUUUGACAUAGCAGUUAAGGGAGUGCUUGACAGAGUAGAGAGAAUUAGGCGGGACAUGAAAGAGGGUAAGGAUCCUGGUAUUGCUUUUCCAGAACUAAACACUACAAAAUUUGAUAUGCCUGGUCCUGGGAGAGAGAGAAAAUUGAGGAUCUUUAGACAACACAAGAAAGAGUAGAUUAAUAUCUUGUAUUUGCAGUUGCAGCAACAAUUUUUUUGUUUUCAUUUGAAUCAUCAGAACCCUAUAUACCAAUGUGCAAGAUUUGUUUUUUCUUUCU